AUGACCGCAGAGGCGGCUGAGCCGCCCAAGGUGGCUCCGAGGAGGCUCCAGUGGUACAGAGGCCUCUCAACAGUCGAACUCGGCGGAAAUGGCCCCUUCGACGCCGCCACGAUGCACAGGGUGACGUACGGGCCAGCGCCCCAAGGCUACACGUCGCCAAAGCGGCUCCUGCGAGGAACCGUCAACAAGAUGGAGUCGCAGGUGGCGAUCGCGAGCGGCGGCUCGAGCCCGGUGAUGUGGAAGACCACAGGCAGGCUGGAGCCCCCUGGCACCCUUCCCCCGAAGGUCGAGCUGCCGAUCCGGUCGGGAAGCACGGUCCCGCUCGGCCCCAACACGCCACAGAGCCUGGCCGGGGGCCACUGGAGCUCCCAAACACGGGCGGCGCACGCCCUGACUGCGCGCCAAAGCCCGCCCAGGACCGUCAACGUGGAGCAGCGCUACGGCACGCGCCCCAUCCUCGGCGCGGGCAAGCUCAGCGCGCCCGUCACGGUGAGCCCGGAGAAGCUGCAGCUGCACAUGCCCCAGGUCUCCAAGACCACGCAGACGGCGGCGACGCAGGCCGUCGACCAGACCGCGGCGCCCGGCGACGGGUUCGCGGACCCGUCGGAGGUCGUGGACAGCUGGCUCCGGCGCGGCAGCAGCGGGCGCCCCGGCGACGCCGCCACCACGCCGCGCGUCCUGCCGGCCGGCGGGGACUCCUCGGGCGAGUCCACGCCGGGGCGCGCGAGCCCGGUCGAGGACCGCCAGGCGUACCUCGCGCGGCUGCUCCGGCGCGGCAACAAGCACCUCACGUUCCCGAACAUCACCGGCAACGUGAGGCCGGGCAUCUCCCCGGUCGAGGACGAGCCGACGGACCCGCAGGAGCGGUUCCGGACGACCGCGCGGUCCGACUACCGCGGCCUCCCCGGCCUGGGCCCCGCGGGCAAGCGCAGGGACAUGUCUGACCCGCACUACCGGGACAGUCUGUGGGAGGUGGGCAGGCACGAGCCGCUGACGAGCCAGGGGUUCAGCACGACGCACAAGAUCGUGUACAGGCCCCACCGGCCGGAAGACUCCCCGAAGCGGGCGGCACGCGGCCUCGUCGACAAGGGCCACUCGGUGGUCGUUCUGCGCGAUCCGUCCGACGUCGUGGAGGCGGUCGGCAACGACAAGUCCACGUACAACCGCAUGUACACCCAGUUCCCGCCGGUGCCGCCGAAGACGCGCUUCAUCCCCGGGCACUACAGCACGACGUCGCACUUCACGCUCGCCGCCGAGGACCCGCGCAAGAAGCUCGAGCUGAGCGGGCAGGACCUGGUGAAGAUGGUGCGGCGCGUGAGUGGGAACAAGGGCAAGAAGGGGCCGUCCGGGGAGGGCUCGCCCAAGGCCGGCGCGGACGCGUGA